AUGUUAACAACGGCACAUGAAUUUUUUUCACAAAAUCAAAGUAUAGCAGAUGUUGAUUACUUUGAUAGAAGAGGUUGGGGAAGCAACUCUUUCUUAAAUUCUCAAUGGAAAGAUAUUAUUUUAAGUUCAGCUUUGAUUAUUCUUUUUCUUCUAACUAUAUCAUGUUUUUAUUAUCAACAGCCGUUACGAGAAUAUAUUUUGAAAUUAUGGCAACGGAAAAUGAAUGAAAAUAAUGAUGGUAACGAACAAAAUACGAUUUUAAAUCGAACACCACCAUUGCAACAACCAUCAUCAACGUAUUUAACAGUACCGGAGCCGUAUUAUCAUCGUAGUUAA